AGAUCCAGAGGGUUGGAGGGAGACUCCACCUUCCUCCUGCAGUCCUAACAUUCCCAUUUCCCAGCAACACCCAUAGCCUCAGCAGCCAGCAUGACGGAUAAUAUCCCCCUGCAACCUGUCAGGCAGAAAAAGAGAAUGGACAGCAAACAGAAAAGGGGGUGCUGUGAAUGUUUGGGGUGCUGUGGCCGUGGAGAACUGAAACCUCGGACAGUUUGGCUCGGACACCCAGAAAAAAGGGAGCAGAGGUAUCCUCGAAAUGUCAUCAACAAUCAGAAGUACAACUUCUUCACAUUUCUCCCGGGGAUCCUUUUCAAUCAGUUCAAAUACUUUUUCAAUCUCUACUUCCUGCUCCUGGCAUGUUCGCAGUUUGUGCCGGAGAUGCGUCUCGGCCCUCUGUAUACCUUCUGGGUUCCCUUGGGGUUUGUCUUGGCCGUCACCAUUAUUCGCGAGGCGGUGGAAGAAUUCCGAUGUUUCUUACGUGAUAAGGAAGUCAACUCGCAGAUCUACAGCAAACUCACAACCAGAGGUACUGUGAAAGUCAGAAGUUCCAGCAUUCAAGUUGGAGACUUAAUUAUUGUGGAAAAGAAUCAAAGGAUACCGGCUGACAUGAUAUUUCUCAGGACAUCCGAGAAAAAUGGGUCCUGCUUCUUGCGUACGGAUCAGCUGGAUGGUGAGACAGACUGGAAGUUACGUUUGCCCGUGGCCUGUACGCAAAGGCUACCCACGGCAGCUGACUUGCUUCAAAUCCGAUCUUACGUAUAUGCAGAAGAACCGAAUAUUGACAUUCAUAAUUUUGCUGGAACCUUCACAAGAGAGGACAGUGACCCCCCAAUUAACGAGAGUUUAAGCAUUGAAAAUACCUUAUGGGCCAGUACGGUCAUAGCUUCAGGAACCGUCAUUGGUGUCGUUUUAUACACUGGACGAGAACAACGCAGCGUAAUGAAUACUUCAAAUCCCAGAAGUAAGAUUGGACUCUUUGAUCUGGAAGUGAACUGCCUGACGAAGAUUCUGUUCAGUGCUCUGGUGGUGGUAUCGCUGGUCAUGGUGGCUCUCCAGCAUUUUGCAGGCCGUUGGUACCUUCAGAUCAUCCGGUUCCUCCUCCUGUUUUCCAACAUUAUUCCUAUUAGCUUGCGUGUCAAUCUGGACAUGGGGAAGAUCGUCUACAGCUGGAUGAUUCGCAGAGAUCCCAAGAUUCCCGGGACGGUAGUGAGAUCCAGCACGAUUCCCGAGCAGCUGGGAAGGAUCUCGUACUUACUCACCGAUAAAACCGGGACCCUGACUCAGAAUGAAAUGGUCUUCAAACGCCUCCACCUGGGCACGGUGGCCUAUGGUAUGGACUCAAUGGAUGAAGUGCAGAGCCAUAUAUUCAGCAUAUAUACCCAGCCCUCCCAGGAUCCUCCUUCACAAAAAGGUCUGGCCACCAAAGUGCGGAAGACCAUGAGCAGCCGCGUGUAUGAAGCCGUAAAGGGGAUAGCUCUGUGCCAUAACGUGACGCCAUCCUACGAGUCCAAUGGGGUGACGGACCAAGCCGAGGCCGAACGGCAGUUCGAAGAUUCCUGCCGGGUCUAUCAGGCUUCUAGUCCCGAUGAGGUGGCGCUGGUGCAAUGGACUGAAAGUGUGGGUCUGACUUUGGUUGGUAGGGAUCAAUCGUCCAUGCAGCUGAGGACACCUAGUGGACAAAUCCUGAACUUCACGAUCUUGCAAAUAUUCCCGUUCACGUAUGAAAGCAAACGAAUGGGCAUCAUUGUGAGAGACGAUUCCACGGGAGAAAUCACUUUCUACAUGAAAGGGGCUGACGUGGUGAUGGCAGGAAUCGUGCAGUACAACGACUGGCUGGAGGAAGAGUGCGGAAACAUGGCCAGAGAGGGAUUAAGAGUCCUAGUGGUGGCCAAGAAGUCUCUGACCGAGGAGCAGUAUCAGGACUUCGAGGCUCGGUACGUCCAGGCGAAGCUCAGCGUUCACGAUCGCUCAUUGAAAGUAGCAACUGUGAUAGAGAGUUUAGAAAUGGAGAUGGAGUUGCUCUGUCUCACUGGAGUUGAGGACCAGUUGCAGGCCGAUGUCAGACCUACCCUGGAAACAUUAAGAAAUGCAGGCAUGAAGGUUUGGAUGUUAACCGGAGAUAAAUUAGAGACUGCGACAUGUACGGCGAAGAAUGCACAUCUGGUGACCAGAAACCAGGACAUCCAUAUAUUCCGACCUGUUACUAACAGAGGAGAAGCCCAUCUGGAGCUGAAUGCGUUUAGAAGGAAGCAUGACUGUGCCCUCGUUAUAUCUGGAGACUCCUUAGAGGUAUGUCUGAAAUAUUACGAGUACGAGUUCAUGGAGCUGGCGUGUCAGUGUCCGGCUGUCGUGUGCUGCCGCUGCGCGCCCACACAAAAGGCUCAGAUCGUUAGGCUGCUGCAAGAACGGACCGGGAAACUCACCUGUGCUGUAGGUGAUGGAGGCAAUGAUGUCAGCAUGAUCCAGGAAGCUGACUGUGGCGUAGGGGUUGAAGGAAAGGAAGGGAAGCAGGCGUCUCUGGCAGCGGAUUUCUCCGUCACUCAGUUUAAGCACCUGGGAAGAUUAUUAAUGGUACACGGAAGGAAUAGCUACAAAAGAUCAGCAGCCCUGAGUCAAUUCGUUAUUCACCGGAGUCUGUGUAUCAGCACCAUGCAGGCCGUCUUUUCGUCUGUAUUUUAUUUCGCCUCGGUUCCGCUCUACCAGGGAUUUCUCAUAAUUGGAUAUUCCACGAUCUACACCAUGUUCCCAGUGUUUUCUCUGGUCCUCGAUAAAGAUGUGAAGUCUGAAGUUGCCAUGCUUUACCCGGAACUCUACAAGGACCUGCUUAAAGGUCGGCCUUUAUCCUACAAAACGUUUCUGAUCUGGGUGUUGAUCAGUAUCUAUCAAGGAAGCAUCAUUAUGUACGGAGCUCUGCUGCUGUUCGAGUCGGAAUUUGUCCACAUCGUAGCAAUUUCCUUCACGUCUCUGAUUCUAACAGAGCUGCUCAUGGUGGCUCUUACCAUCCAAACAUGGCACUGGCUUAUGAUCGUGGCUGAGCUGCUGAGUCUGUCCUGUUAUGUGGCUUCUCUGGUCUUUUUACAUGAAUUUAUCGAUGUUUACUUCAUUAUGACUCUGUCAUUCCUGUGGAAGGUCACAGUGAUUACGCUGGUCAGCUGCCUCCCGCUCUACGUUCUCAAGUAUCUCCGAAGAAAGUUCUCACCUCCGAGCUAUUCCAAGCUGACAUCCUAGAACUUUGCGCAGAAAGAACUCUUAAAGAAUAGCAUCAAAACAUUGUGAAUAUUUAAAACAAAAAAAAACAAACCUGAGGGAUAUUUCUGGAUUGCAGCGGAACUGAUACUUAAGACUGCUUUACUGAACAAGGGAUUUUAAGAAAAGAAA